UUUCAGCAUUGAUCAGUAUGUCGAAUUCGAACAAAUUGAUCGCAGAGAAGAAUGGGUCCAGAUAUGGCAGAAUGAUUCAUCCUUGGCUCCGAAAAAAGCAAGAUAUGUUGGCGGACACUCCAAGUCGACGAGAAGGAAUGACAUACGAGGAGGAGCUGUCAAAACGACAACAAGGAGGAGUCUUCAUCUUUGACAUUGCCAUGCAAUUGACACAUGGCAAAGGAGAGCAGUGAGUGCAGUGAUAGGAUAAAGAUUUAGAAUCGAGUGAAUUUCAAGUGAGGCGAAUUGUAAAAUUUAGGAUUUAGAUGGGUUCAUAUAGUUUUACAAUUCAUAAAAACGCCAUCUCUUGUGAUCAUUUCUUUCGCUUCCUAAUCUUUUCGAGACAAUGUCUUGAUUCUCUCCUCAUCGAGCACUGCGAUAUAUUCCAGCGGUCUGAGUGGAGUGGCGGCAACUCUGUUUAACCGAUUCUUCAACGUUCACUCGCUCAAACGGUGUGAUUUCCGAGACGUGGCGGCAGCAUGUGUCUUUUUGGCAGGAAAGAACGAAGAUGCACCCAAGAAGCUGAAAUAUGUGGUUACACAACUGUGGCAGUUCAAAUAUCCACACAAUAAGCAGUUUCAAUCAGAGCAACACUUCUUAGAUCAGUGUAAUGUCGUCACGUUAAUAGAGGAUGUACUUCUCAAAACCAUUUCCUUCGAUAUCAAUGUAGAUCUACCUCAUCAGUAUGUUCUAAAAUUAAUGCGCGAUGUCGAGAAAGGUAGAAAUGUAUACAAGGAUAUGGUGAAAACUGCAUAUUACAUGGCCACUGAUGUAUUAAUAAUCACCGACUGGAGUGUGCGAUACUCAUGUGCUUCAAUAGCAACUGCUUGCGUAAACAUAGCUGCCUUCUUUCAUAACAUCAACAUGGACGAUAUCGUUCCAUUUGAGUUAUCUGAUAGGUGGUACCGACUAGAAGAUCAGUCAAUGACUCGUGAAGAAGUUGAGGCCAUGACUAAGGAAUUCCUAGAUAUCUUCAGCCGAAAUCCACAAUUCCACAUUGGGUCUCUUAAAAAGAUUGAUCCACUCGGAAAGGUUAAAAUUGUCGGAAUGCCGCCACAAGUCUCAUCUACAGUAACACCUUCUGGAUCGUCGUCUAAUCUCAAGAAAAUCGAUUUGGAGUCAUAUAAAGGCCGACCGAAGCCACUUUCCAAUUCUUCUGAUUCGCCUUCAACGCGACCGAGUUUCCUGCCAGAUGUAAAGAAUCAGAAGGUAGUCGAGCAAGAGUUGAUGGAACAAAGGAUGAAAGAAGCUGCUCAGCAGAAAAUUCAUCGUAACGGACACCGUCCCAGCAGCAGUUCUCAUCCUCUUCACCACCAUUCUACGUCUUCAUCAGCUUCAAACAAUAGCAAUCAUCAGAAUAGGUCCUCAUCCGGUCUAUCGGCACACCAACAUCAGAAGCCAUACAACGAAGAUUCUCGAUCAGCGAAAAGGUCAAUGAUGUACGAAGAGACGAAUAGUUCGAAAAAACCAAGGAUCGAUUACAAGAUGAGUUUCGUUGCUUCGUCAUCAACAACCAUAGCUACUAUGCACAAUGAUCAUUUUUCGCAAACGACGCACCAGCAAAACAUUUCAACAUAUGCUCGAGGAGUAAACGAAAUGAUGUUAAAUCAAGUCGCUCCGCCUCCUCUCAUGUCGGUAUCUGCCCAACCUUCCACAUAUCAAAAAAUGUGUAUGGAGUAUCAACGAAAUCCGGCCGAUUCUCGACAUACGAUGUCAUCAACGCAACAAAUAUCACCUCCUGAUGAGCCUUCCCCACCUGUAUCACAGAUACUACUGCCGCCACCUCCACCGCCGCCAAUCUUGCCACCCCGGCUGGAUGAGAUGGAGGAAGGGGAGCUCGUUUAAGAGCUUCCCUCACUGUUAUUUCCGUUUCUUCUACUUUGCUCUUUAUUUGGGUUCAAUUCCUGAUGUACAGUAGGUUUUCUUUCCGCAUUUUUAUUCAAUGUUUCUUUUUUCCUCUUCAUUUUUUUUCCUUUUUCCUUCUCUUGUCCUUCCUCGUUCUCACCGGUUUCCACUCUUGUUGUCGACUUUUAGAUACUAUUCUCACCUUUUUUUCUUUCUUUUCAUAUUUCUAUCUUAUCAAAUAAUGAUCUCGAUCCUCUCGUUUCGUUUUUUAUCAGUUUCACUGUCUUCCUUAUUUUUCAUUUGAUUUGUUUCAACGGUAUUAUUUUCCUUUUUUGGCAACUAAAUCUACGGGAUAAACUAAAAAAAUACAAAAAAAGUCUUUAUCUAUCUUGACUCUUCCCGCUUUUCGAUGUUUCAGACUUCGUUUCCUUAUAUAUAUAUAUAUACUUGUAAACUCUACUUUGUAUAAUAAUAAACGUUUUUU